GUGACUAAUUUUUAUACAGCACUUGAGGGUCUAAACCCAAUUGAAAGUACUACUAACUGUAGUACUUUCUUAUUUUACCUACAACCAAGACGAUAUAAUACGCUUUUGAGACUACUGUAAUCAAGAAUAUCCACGAAGACAGUAUUGUCUUCCAAGAUGGCAUCCCAACUUCUACCUUUAGAACUCAUCGACAAGUGUGUCGGCUCGAGGAUAUGGGUCAUUAUGAAGGGUGACAAGGAAUUCAGCGGAACCCUACUUGGUUUUGAUGACUACGUCAACAUGGUCCUGGAAGAUGUGACCGAAUUCGAUUACUCUGGAAACCACACAAAGCUAUCCAAGAUACUGCUUAACGGCAACAACAUCUGCAUGUUAAUACCGGGAGGAGAGGGCCCUGUAGCUACAUGAUUAGGCCAAGAACUAAAUGGCCAGUUCCGAGACUAAUGAGGAGAUGCAAUUGAUGACGAAGCAUAGCUAAAUACCAACAAUGCAUCAGAUCGAUUAUGAAGAAGCAAACAUCUCAAGAAUCACGACGACAGCCUAAUUAGAGAUGCAAGGUC